UAGUAUUUGUCCAGUAGGUUUCCCGCCGCGCGGGAAGCCUCACCCGAACGUAUAACAAUAGACGGGGCGCGCAUGCGUUGUCGGGGUGGGGGUGUGUCCUGACUGCUGGGCACUGGGAGGUGGUGCCGCGGAGCCUGAGGAGGCGGGGGGGCAGCGGCCCCGGCGCGCCCCAUGGCGGCGUCCGUUCAGGCCCCACUGGCGCCCAUGAGCGCGGAGCAGGCGAAGGUGGUGCUGGCGGAGGUGAUCAAGGCCUUUGGGGCGCCCGAAAACAAGCAGCGGAUGGAGGAGGCUCGGGACAACGCCUGCAACGAUAUGGGCAAGAUGCUGCAGUUUCUCCUGCCCGUGGCCACCCAGAUCCAGCAGGACGUGAUCAAAGCCUACGGCUUCAGCAACGAUGGUGAAGGGGUCCUGAAGUUCGCCCGGCUGAUCAAGUCCUACGAGUCCCAGGACCCAGAGAUCGCCAGCAUGUCGGGCAAGCUUAAGGCCAUGUUCCUGCCGCCCAUGACGCUGCCACCACAUGGGGCUGGGACUGGUGGAGUGGCAGCCUCCUGAGACUGUGGACCUCUCCUGCCUUGCCAGGGCUGUCCUCCCAAGGCAUGGGUCCUGUCAGCACUUGAACAAGGGAGACACUGACCUGAAGGGAGUGGGAUGCUUUGUGUAUGCUUAUGUGUCUGCUUGUGAAUAAAGAAUAUCUUGAAAAUGC